AUGCUAAUUAGUGUUAAACAUUUAAAAAUCGCAAUUCUUAUAGCUAUUGUUAUAAUUUUGACUUGGAUUUAUGGCGGAAAUUUAAUUAGGUUUAGAGAUAAGUCUAAACUUAAAUUAGAUGAAGCUAAAGCUCCCACUGAGGAUAAAUUAGUACAAAAUAUUAACCAGGAAAUACCCUAUCUUCCUAUUGAAGAUCUACUUAAUACAAAGUAUAAAAAACGUAACUUAAACAACACAUGUGCCUGGUAUCCCACAUUGCGUGAUGUCAAAAUACAUAAUGAUUAUUGGCAAGAAUUUAGAAAUGAGAAUAUUUCCUAUUACAUAUUUGGAGCUUAUUUGGACAAUAGAGCCACAGUGGUGGAAACUACUCCGCUAGUAAGAGUACUGACAAUGAUUAAUUUCAUAUCUAAAACAUAUGAAGGUUAUCCCUUGACCUAUUGUCAGCUGUGGUAUGAUGAGCAACCGCAACCGUUUGUGCAGCCCAUGAAAGAAAUCCAUAAAAUAUGGCACUAUGGAUGGGGUCAUAGUUUAGAUUUUAAUUAUCCCCAUUUAAUAUCAUGUGCAGUGCCCGAAGAACUUAAGGAUAAGAUACCACGUACUGUAUCACUGGUGGCUAAGCCCUGCGACAAGGCUAGCAAUAAUGUGAGAGUAACAUACCAACCUUUGGCUGCAAACGAGAAUAGAAAACAAUUUGCAGUUUGUGUCAAAGGUUUGGAUUUUCCCCAUGUUGAUAUGUCUCACCGCAUGGUGGAAUAUAUUGAAACUAUGCGAGCUUUGGGGGCUGAAAAAAUACUUAUGUACCAGCUACAAGUACAUGCCAAUACUUCGAGAGUUUUAAAAUAUUAUGAGGAUACAGGAUUUCUGGAAUACAGACCUUUCAGUUUGUCCACAGCGGUUAGCAAUUUGCCGGAGUAUCGUCACUUGGAAAUGUAUAAGAAUCACUUCUCCUAUAACCUGCAUGAACUUGUAUCCUACAAUGAUUGUUUGUAUCGCAACAUGUAUCGUUACAAAUAUGUGGCUGUAAUGGAUACCGAUGAAGUUCCUCUGCCUCUGGGUAAUAUUACUAAUUGGCAUAACUUAAUGGCUUUCGGCGAGACUGUGCUUACGAAAAACUGCAAAAAAUUCGCCAGUUACUGUUUUCGCUGCAUACCUUUUCCCUGCUAUCCCGAAAAACUAAAAUAUACCGACGAAAUUCCCGAAUAUUUCUUUAUGCUGCAACAUAUACAACGUGUUCCCAAGCAUAUUCGACCCGAUUGGGCUACCAAAUGUCUGCAUAGUACUGACUAUGUUAUUGCUACCCACAAUCACUUCUCCAUACAAAGAACCAAAAAUGUAUGCCAAAGUUAUUCAUUUGAUGGUAAUGUGGCUCAACUGCAGCAUUAUCGCGAGCCCCGCAUUAAACAGCCUGCAGAUGAUCUGGUGGUGGAUACAAGUUUGUGGCGUUUAAAAGAUGAAAUAAUAGCGCGUUCAAUGAAAGUGUUUGAAGAGCUGCAGUUUUUUUGA